AUGUCUAAGUGGACCCGAGAAGCACCUCCUCAUCCUACGCAACGGAAUCAGCAACCUGGACAAGGCUCUUCGCCCUCCGACUUCUCGUCCUCUACUUCGACAACGAGGCCAACUCCUUCGCAAAAUGCCAUUCCUUACAAUCACUCCGAUACUAAUCUUGCAAUUGGUUCCAAGAGAGAUAAGCUAGCCGCUCUAGUCAAGCUGCCCCGUGUAGAUGGGGCGUCUAACGCGGAUGCGAAUAACGAAGGAAGACAACAUAGCCGCGUCGUUCGCAAAGAUCGUACAUCGAUUCUUGCGCGUCGAGGCGACAACGUCGCAAUUCCUAGCCACUCGCGGGAGAAGCAGGUCGCUGCGGACGUGUAUAUCCCAUCUACUGUCUCCGUGGGGACAUUAUCUCGGCUUCUGGGUGUAAAGUUAGAGACCCUUCAGCGGAGAAUGUUUCGAGCAGGAAUGGGAGAUGAAUCUUCGUACGAUCAUGUCCUGACGUCUGACUACGCUGUUUUAUUGGCUGAGGAAUUUGGCCGCAACCCGAUCGUCAACGAUGAGGCUGCUUUCGACAUCUAUGCCCCACCCGCGCACUCUGAUCCCUCGAAGUUACCAUCCCGGCCGCCCAUCGUCACCAUUAUGGGGCAUGUUGAUCACGGGAAAACAACCCUUCUUGAUACUCUACGCUCAGCCUCCGUAGCCAAAAGUGAGGCAGGUGGCAUUACUCAACACAUAGGUGCCUUCUCUGUUCCCGUCCCCGAUUCUGGGGGUUCUUCUGGUUCCCCAGAUUCCAUCACCUUCUUGGAUACACCCGGGCAUGCGGCAUUCUCAGCCAUGCGUGCCCGUGGGGCUCGAGUAACAGAUAUCGUAGUCUUGGUCGUGGCGGCAGAUGACGGCAUCAUGCCACAAACCAAGGAAGUGAUCAAUCUCAUCAAACAAGAUGAGGGUAAGGUCGGGGUAGUAGUCGCAAUCAACAAGGUUGAUAAACCCGACGUCAAUGUCGACUUCGUCCAGAAGGCUUUACUAGCAGAAGGAGUGCAACUCGAGGUCUUCGGCGGUGAUGUCCCCUCGGUCGAAGUCUCUGGUUUGACGGGACAUGGGCUCCCCAAUCUCGUAGAAACCUUGUCUGCGAUGGCUGAGAUGCAGGACUUGCGUGCUGAACGAGAGGGCCCUGUUCAAGGUUACGUGUUGGAAUCGAGAGUCCAAAAGGGCCUCGGCCCAGUGGCCACCGUCCUGGUGCUUCGAGGAUGUCUCAAAACAGGCUCACACAUCAUUAGCGGAGUUACCCACGCCAAAGUGCGUGCGAUGAACAACUCCUCAAACAAAUCCGUAAAGGCUGCGUAUCCUGGAACUGCAGUCACUGUUUCGGGGUGGAAGUCUCUUCCUGAUGCAGGCGACGAAGUGCUUCAAGCCUCGGAGGGCGAUAUUAAAAAGGCAGUGAUUAAUAGGAUGAGGCAACGAGACUUAGAAGCGUCUCUUGCGGAUGUUGGAGCCAUUAAUGCCAACAGAAAGCUAGAACGCGAACGUCGUGAACUCGAGCUAGCAUCCCCUGAAACACACGCAGCACCGAUUCCCGUUCACGACUCCUCGGAAGAUCAAAAGGUUCUGAGGCUCAUCGUGAAAGGGGACGUUAGUGGGAGUGUUGAGGCCGUUGUAGGGGCCCUGGAAGGCAUUGGGAACCACCUUGCAUCUGUGAAGGUUGUGUCCUCUGGUGUCGGCGACAUCACUGAAUCAGAUGUCACUAUGGCUAAAGCCGUCGAUGGGAUUGUCGUCGGGUUUUCGGUGACCACGCCUCGUGCCAUGGAGAUGCUCGCUGCUCAAAAUCAAGUUUCUAUCCUCUCAUCGGGGAUCAUAUACCGGUUAAUGGACGAAGUAAAGAGUCGUCUUGUCGCUCUCCUUCCGCCUGUCUUAGAAUCCAAAGUUACUGGCGAAGCGACAGUCCUACAAUUAUUCGACAUCCAUCUCAAGGCAAAGACGAUUAAGAAAGUCGCCGGAUGUCGAGUUGUCAAUGGUAUCAUAGAAAAAUCUAGAAACGCCAGGGUAAUUAGAGAUGGGGUGACGAUUCACGAUGGGACACUGGACACGAUGCGUUAUCUGAAGAAAGAUGUGACUGAGGUUCGCAAAGGCUCCGAAUGUGGUGUUAGCUUUGGUGAUUUUUCCGAGCUUCAAGAGGGAGACUUGAUACAGAUCUAUCAAGUUGUAGAGAAGCCAGCUACAUUAUAG